AAAAUCAAAAUCUACUGCGCAAAGGUGGAGAAACCUAUUGUGUUAGUGAUUGUUGUGGUUGUCGUGGUUUUAUUGUCGUGGUCUGCGGGCGCAGGCUUGUCGCUAGGGCGCGAACUGCAGAGCCUGCGCGCGUUUCCUAGCAAAACGAAUAAUAAAAUCAACAGCGCUGAAGUAGAGAGCUGUGUUGUCGGUCAUGGUUGUUGUUGUGGUUGCUGGGUUAGGUGGUGGUCUGCGGGCGGGGCGCUGGUAGCUGGUGCGGCAAUGAAAAUCAAAAUCCACCGCGCAGUUAGGGUUGCGGCAAAACACCACCACAUCUGUGGCGCCAUGGUCAAGUCCAGCGAUCUAGGCCAAAAAGAGGAGCGAAAAGGGGGUCGGAUCCAGCGCGAUGCCCAAUCGAGACGAACAAGGCCUGAUCCGCAGCAGUCGCAGGGAGAUAGGUUAUAG